AUGGGCCGCUACCUCAUCCGCGUGGCCACCGGGGCCUGGCACUUCUCCGGGUCGUACAACCGCGUGCAGCUGUGGCUGGUCGGGGCGCGCGGGGAGGCAGAGCUGGAGCUGCAACUGUGCCCGGCGCGGGGCGAGGAGGAGGAGUUUGAUCUUAACGUCACCGAGGACUUGGGGCUCCUGCAGUUCGUGAAGUUGCGCAAACACCACUGGCUGGUGGACGACGCUUGGUUUUGCGACCGCGUCACUGUGCAGGGCCCAGCAGCCGGCACGGAGGCGGCCUUUCCGUGCUACCGCUGGGUGCAGGGCGAGGGCGUCCUGAGCCUGCCGGAGGGCACCGAAUGUGAGGACAGGGUAUCUGGAGCAUGGAAAUGGAAAACAAAAGCCAAAGUGAAAUUAGGAGAUCUUCAUGGGACCUGGAACAGGCUCCUGAUCCCACAUUUUCGCUACACCAUGGAAAUCAACACCCGGGCCCGGACUCAACUCAUUUCAGAUGGAGGAGAAUUGGAUAAGGUAACAAGCAUAGGUGAAGGGGGCCGUGUGCAGCUGUUCUGUUGGGCAAUGGCUCAGCUGACCUACCGCUCCCUCUGUCCUCCUGAUGACCUGGUUGACCGAGGCCUGCUGGGAAUUCCAAGUGCUCUCUAUGCCCACGAUGCUUUACAGCUCUGGGAGAUCAUUGCCCGGUAUGUGGAGGGCAUCGUCCACCUCUUCUACCAAAGGGAUGAUGUCGUGAGGGGGGACCCUGAGCUGCAGGCCUGGUGUCAAGAGAUCACCGAGGUGGGGCUGUGCCAGGCCCAGGACCGAGGUUUUCCUGUCUCUUUCCAUUCUCAGGCUGAGCUCUGUCGUUUCCUUACCAUGUGCAUUUUCACGUGUACUGCCCAACACAUGGCCAUCACCCAGGGCCAGUUUGACUGGUAUGCCUGGAUCCCCAAUGGCCCAUGCACAAUGCAGAUGCCCCCACCCACCACUAAGGAAGAUGUGACAAUGGCCACAGUGAUGGGGUCUCUACCUGAUGUCUGCAAGGCCUGUCUCGAAAUGACUGUCACAUGGCUCCUGAGCUGGCCACAUCUGGACAUAGUGCCCAUAGGGCAUCACAAAGAAGAAUAUUUCUCAGGCUCUGAGCCCAAGGCUGUGCUGAGACAACUUCAAACAGAUCUAGACAACCUGGAAAAAGAAAUUGUGGCCCGAAAUGAGCAGCUAGACCUUCCCUAUGAAUAUCUGAAGCCCAGCUGCAUAGAGAACAGUAUCACUGUCUGA